AUGGGUGCAGCCAUGAGCGUCCUUCGCCGAAGCGCCACACUGGCGGAGGUCGCCUUCCGACGACAGAUGCUGAUGACGCUGGAGAUACCAUCCAAAGACUACGCCUACCAGUGGGUGAUGCAAUGGAUGGUUGCAAACCGUGUCCAUGGUUCCCGCCACCUUGGCGUUGAAACAACUUACGUGAAGGACAGCGCAGGGCGACAAACGGCGGAUUUUGAUUUUAUACCAAGUCCUGGCAGACACUGGGUGCGGUGGCGUGGCAACUUCAUCAUGGUGGAUCGUGCCAGAGAGACGAAAACGGUGGACAUGUCCACGGGCGCACCCUGGGAGACGCUGACGCUGACAGCGCUGUCGCUUCGCCCAGGCAUUUUCCAUGAACUGCUCUCUGAGGCUAAGCAGGCGGCCUUGGCAAGAGAGGAGGGCAUGACCAUCAUCUACCAGUGCUAUGGACAUGAGUGGAGACCUUUUGGUAACCCAAAGCGUAAUAGGCCCUUCGACUCAGUAGUCUUGGACACCGGAGUGUCGGACCAGGUCUUUGGGGACAUCCAGGACUUCUUGCAGAGCCAACAGUGGUAUCUUGACAGAGGCAUCCCAUAUCGGAGGGGUUACCUCCUGCACGGCCCGCCUGGAUGUGGCAAGUCUUCGUUCGUCUCUGCGCUUGCUGGGCGCCUUGGGUAUAACAUUUGUGUGCUGAACUUGGGCGACCCAAGCAUGACAGAUGACAGGCUCGCGCACAUGUUGGCAGUCGUCCCUCCAAGAUCUCUAGUGCUUCUCGAGGAUGUAGACUUCGCCGUGGGCCAGCAGGCGCCGCAUGAUCCAACAGGGCCGUACGCAGGAGUCACUCGGGUGACGUUUAGCGGCCUUCUGAACGCCCUUGAUGGUGUCAUCGCAACUGAGGAGAGGUUGGUCUUCAUGACCACAAAUCAUUUCCAUGCAUUACCCCGGGCUCUUGUCAGACCGGGUCGAGUCGAUCUGAGCAUCUAUGUGGGUCUUGCCUCCAGGUCUCAGCUGAAGCGAAUGUACAUCCGCUUCUUCCCUGGCCAGGAGGGCUUGUCUGAGACCUUUGCAACAGUCUGUGAGGACGAAGGCUUAUCCAUGGCUGAAUUGCAGGGCUACUUCAUGUUCUUCAAGAACAAGCCCGAGGAAGCCGUGGCUAACAUCCAGGCCUGGCUUGACGAGCGACGAAAGGUCCAUCAGGAGCAGCUUGCGAAGAUGCGUGGAGAGACUUCCUCCGACGUGGCGGAGAAGACCUCUGACGUGGACAAGGUCCCUCCGCCGGAGGAAUGA